CUCCUCUGCAGGCGUCACUUUGUCUUUGCUGCUUCCUCCUCUCACAACCCAGAAGUGUCGAAAUCCACACAGAGACAACCACCAUGAAGAUCCGUGUAAAACACACUUUCCCUCUGGCGUUUGUUUUAUUUCUCUAUGUUGCUGCAGAACUACAUGCACCUGAAGUCCACACAAAGCUCGGGAGCCUGAGAGGUCAGUAUGUGAGUGUAAAGGGGAAGGAGACUGGGGUCCACGCCUACCUGGGUAUCCCAUUUGCCAAGCCACCUGUAGGCCCUGCUCUGAGACUGGCUGCACCCCAGCCUGUAGAGGGAUGGGAAGGAGUGAGAGACGCCACCCGGCAGCCACCCAUGUGUGUUCAACAUAAACAGUAUUUUAUAGAUUUUCUUCAUAAAGUCGGUGGCAUUUUGGUAGAUGUCCCAGACAUCUCAGAGGACUGCCUUUACAUCAACGUUUACACCCCUGCAAACAGAGCUCACAAUGCCAAGCUCCCAGUCAUGGUCUGGAUCCAUGGUGGAGGGUUUACUAUCGGGUCAGCUUCAACAUAUGAUGGCUCUGCUCUGGCUGCUUACCAGGAUGUGGUUGUGGUUCUGAUCCAGUACCGCUUGGGACUUCUGGGCUUUCUCAGCACUGGUGAUGAGCACAUGUCAGGGAACUUUGGCCUGUUGGACCAGGUUCAAGCUCUGAGGUGGAUCCAGCAGCACAUUCACAGCUUUGGAGGAGACCCAGAUUUAGUUACCAUAUUUGGGGAGUCUGCAGGCGGAACGAGCGUAUCCCUCCUGCUUCUCUCACCAUUGUCUGAUGGCCUGUUCCACCAUGCCAUUGCUGAGAGCGGCACUGCUGUAAUGGAUAUGCUCCUUGCAAAUGAUCCUCUACCAAUAGCGCAGAUGGUAGCAAAUAUAUCUGGCUGUAGCCUCGAAAGCACGGAGAAGAUCGCUGAUUGCAUGAGAAACCUCGAUAUUGACACUAUUGUGGCUAUUGGGCUGGCGCAAAAUUUUAGAAUUCCUCCAAAUGUUGAUGGACACUUCCUGACAAAACCUGUGGAUGAGCUGUUCCAUAAACAUGAACUUCUCACUGUACCAUUCAUGACCGGCAUUAAUGAUGAUGAAGGGGGCUGGUUUCUCAUUAAUUCCCUUGCUCCUCCAAACUGGACAGAGGGAUUAGAUCGAGAGCUGGUCAUGAACAUGAUGUUCAUGUUCGACCAUAAUCCCGAAGAAGUGGCUGAUGAAUAUAUUGGAACCGGUGAAGAUCGUGUGAAGAAUAGAGAUGGGUUCACUGAGCUGCUUGGAGAUAUAAUGUGUACCAUUCCAGCCAUUAAGACUGCUAAUGUCCACAGAGAUGCAGGUGCCCCUGUAUACCUGUAUGAGUACCAGCAUACUCUCAAAUUCCUGAAGGCAAAAAGGCCAAGCUUUGUUGGGAGUGACCAUGGAGAUGAGAUCCUUACAGUAUUUGGAUUCUGCUUCACAACUACCCAUGUCAAAUUAGCCGGUGCAUGUGAUGAAGAUGAUGAGCAGUUGAGCAGAACCAUGAUGAGCUACUGGGCCAACUUUGCCCGCACAGGGUCUCCUAAUGGGGACGGCCUUGUCCACUGGCCAAAUUAUGGAGCAGAAGAAGACUACAUGUCAAUUGAUGUAAAGGAGCAGGUAACUGGUCAACACCUGAAGAAGGACCGGUUCGUCUUCCUGACACAGACUCUCCCGGAGAAGGUCCGACAACACAAAGAGAAGAUGGAGCGCAGCGAACUGUUGGUCUUCUCUGGUGUCCCUGCAGAGAAGCUUGCAUCUACCCCAGGUGCUGUUCCGAUGACUGGUGUCCCUGCAGUGAAGCUUGCAUCUACCCCAGGUGCUGUUCCGAUGACUGGUGUCCCUGCAGAGAAGCUUGCAUCUACCCCAGCUUCCUCCUCUCUGUACCGAGCAGUGUCGCAACAACCCACACAGAGAUUAACCACCAUGAAGAUCCGAGGAAAACAGACCAGCUUCUUUCUACCCUUUGUUUUAUUUCUCCAUGUUGCUGCAGACCUGCAUGCACCUGAAGUCCACACAAAGCUCGGGAGCCUGAGAGGUCAGUAUGUGAGUGUAAAGGGGAAAGAGACUGGGGUCCACGCCUACCUGGGUAUCCCAUUUGCCAAGCCACCCGUAGGCCCUGCUCUGAGACUAGCUGCACCCCAGCCUGUAGAGGGAUGGGAAGGAGUGAGAGACGCCACCCAGCAGCCACCCAUGUGUGUUCAAAAUAAACAGUUUUCUAUAGAUAUGUUUGAUAAACUCGGUGUCAAGUUGGCAGAGCUCCCAGACAUCUCAGAGGACUGCCUUUACCUCAACGUUUACACCCCUGCAAACAGAGCUCACAAUGCCAAGCUCCCAGUCAUGGUCUGGAUCCAUGGUGGAGGGUUUGCUCUUGGGUCAGCUGCAAUGUAUGAUGGCUCUGCUCUGGCUGCUUACCAGGAUGUGGUUGUGGUUCUGAUCCAGUACCGCUUGGGACUUCUGGGCUUUCUCAGCACUGGUGAUGAGCACAUGUCAGGGAACUUUGCCAUGUUGGACCAGGUACAAGCUCUGAGGUGGAUCCAGCAGCACAUUCACAACUUUGGAGGAGACCUAGAUUCAGUUACCAUAUUUGGAGAGUCUGCUGGCGGAGUGAGCGUAUCCCUCCUGCUUCUCUCACCAUUGUCUGAUGGCCUGUUCCACCGUGCCAUUGCUGAGAGCGGCACUGCUGCAAUGGAUUUGCUCUUUGCAAAUGAUCCUCUACCAGCAAUGCAGAUGGUAGCCAAUAUAUCUGGCUGUAGCCUCGAAAGCACGGAGAAGAUCGCUGAUUGCAUGAGAAACCUCGAUAUUAACACUAUUGAGGCUAUUGGGCAGGAUCAACAAUUGAGAAUUACUCCAAAUGUUGAUGGACACUUCCUGACAAAACCUGUGGAUGAGCUGUUCCACAAACAUGAACUUCUCACUGUACCAUUCAUGACCGGCGUUAAUAAUGAUGAAGGGGGCUGGAUACUUCCUCAGCUCCUUGCUCCUCCAAACUGGACAGAGGGAUUAGAUCGGGAGCCGGUCAUGAACAUGAUGUUCAUGUUCUACCCUAAUCCCGAAGAUGCGAUGUUAAGAGAAUUGGUGGUAGAUGAAUAUAUUGGAACCGGUGAAGAUCGUGUGAAGAAUAGAGAUGGGUUCACUGAGCUAAUUGGAGAUAUGAUGUUUACCAUUCCAGCCAUUAAGACUGCUAAUGCCCACAGAGAUGCAGGUGCCCCUGUAUACCUGUAUGAGUACCAGCAUCCUCCUAAAUUCCUGCAGUCAAAAAGGCCAAGCUUUGUUGGGAGUGACCAUGGAGAUGAACUCUUUACAGUAUUAGGAUUCUGCUUCACAACUACCCAUAUCAAAUUAGCCGAUGCAUGUGAUGAAGAUGAUGAGCAGUUCAGCAGAACCAUGAUGAGCUACUGGGCCAACUUUGCUCGCACAGGGUCUCCUAAUGGGGACGGCCUUGUCCACUGGCCAAAGUAUGGAGCAGAAGAGGACUACUUGUCAAUUGAUGUAAAGGAGCAAGUAACUGGUCAGCACCUGAAGAAGGACCAGUUUGUCUUCCUGACACAGACUCUCCCAGAGAAAGUCCGACAACACAAAGAGAAGAUGGAGCGCAGCGAGCUGUAGAACAAUCACCUCACCUUCCUCCCUUCCAUAAAUGUUUUUAUUGAUUAAUUUUAACCACAAACAAGUCAGUCAAAAAUGCAUUGGACAUACUGUGAGACAUUUGUAAAAGUAAUGUGAUGAUAAUAAUAAUGAUAACAUUUAAACAAAUUGAAUUUUAGUACUUUUUGUAGCACCAUGCAUUGUAUGAAAUUUGGAAAGGAGAACCUUUCAAAAUGUAUCUUUAGAAGAUUUUUUGAAAUGCCUCAGUUUGACUUAUAAAAAUGUGUGUGAUAGGGAGGUUGGGCAUGUUAUCAUCAUUCUGGCGUAUUGGUAAUUGACAUGCACUGUGAGUUUGCUUACACUGUUGGUAUUCUACUAACUCCACAGUCUGUUUCAGACUCACCACCACAGUCACUUGAGGAAUGAGAUCUGUAUGAGUCUCUGCUCUCCCUGAUCCAUACCCAAUGCUUAAGCCUCCGGCUCGAAAGACCAUGUAGAAACUUGACAUUUGUGGUAGCUGGGUUAUUUAAGAAACCUUUGUAUUGGCACACCAGUUUUCCAAGGAUUUCCACUUAAUUAGUUGACUGGCAGAUGAUUUACUGGCUAAAAGGUAAAUGAAAAC